AUGGCAACGAUUAAGGAUUAUUUCCGCAUGAAGACAAGUGUUACAGAGAGUCAACCGGAAACUACUGGAAAUGGAGAAUCAGAACUUGAGUCUGUUCCACCUGAUGUAUUAUUAAACAAUUGCGACCGUGACGAUGUCAGUGAUGACAGUGAUACUAAGCUGAGUGACAGUAGUGACAGCGAUGAAGAUGAAGCAGCUCCCUCUACUUUGAAGGACUCUAUGGAUAAAGGCAUCCCUCAGCUGGCAGAGGAGAAAGAAGUACCCGGACCAAAUGACAUCUCAAAAAAGCCAUCCGAUGGACCUUAUCAGCCAAAACUGCAUAGUUAUCCUCGGACUCAAUAUGGAGACAAACAACGAUCGUUUUGUCAAGAAUGGUUCAAUACAAAUCCGUGGUUGGAAUAUUCACAAAGUACAGACAGUGUAUACUGUUUUGCGUGUCGGCACUUCUCAUCUCCAUCCGGAAAUAUGGAGAAGUCAUUCACGAAUACUGGGUACUCCAACUGGAAGAAGGCAGUCGGGAAAUCUGGAGGAUUUGCUAAGCACACCCACGCAGACUACCACAAAGAUGCUGUGGUUGCUUGGAAAGAAUGCACUCAGAUGCAAGAAGGGGGAACCUCUGUUGCGCAAAUGCUGAACACAGGAUACCAAACUGCAGUGAAAAAAAAUCGUCAUUUCAUUAAAACUCUCGGACAGGUCAUUUUGGUAACUUGUACUCAAAAGUUGGCACAACGUGGACACGCAGAACAACCUGGAGCUGGCAACCCUGGGAAUGUUUUGAAAAUUCUUGAAUUAGUAGCAUCCCAUGACGACAUCAUCAAAGAACGUCUGGCGAGUGGACCAAAAAAUGCGAAGUACACAAGUCCGGAGAUUCAAAACGAAAUGAUACUCACCUUUGCCGAAAUCAUCCGAAAGGAGAUCAUACAGGAAGUUAAGGAUGCUGGAGUAUUCUCCAUACUUGUUGAUGAAAGUAAAGAUGUGUCAAAACAAGAACAGAUUUCUCUUGUAAUAAGGUACUUCUAUGAUGGGGAAAUUCGAGAGAGUUUCUUGGAGUUCAGGGCCGCAUUUCAGCUGGAUGCUGAAUCGCUGACAAAGUCGAUCUUUGACAUUCUAAAGAGCCAUGGAGUUGACUUCCAACGAAACCUGGUUGGACAGGGAUACGACGGAGCCUCUGUCAUGAGCGGCAAGAUAAGCGGUGUCGCAGCUCGAGUUAGGAAGGAAGCCAAGUAUGCAUACUAUGUACAUUGUCAUGCACAUCGGCUGAACUUGGUUCUUGUGGAUGUAACCAAAGGCAUAGCAGAUGCAGCUAACUUCUUCUCCUUGCUAGAAAAAGUCUACGUGUAUGUAAGUGGAUCAUAUGUUCACUCAAAAUGGAUAGAGAUUCAGAAGGAAAUGUAUCCUGGUCAGCCUACAAGAGAACUGAAACGGCUAUCCGACACACGCUGGGCCUGCAGAGUAGACGCAUGCCGGGUGAUAAGAGAUCGGUUCCCAGCACUCAUACGCCUCCUGGAGGAAAUAGGAAACGAAACACAUGCUGACCGGGCGGUUGACGCCAGGGGACUGUUGGGACAGAUCAAUGCCGAAUUUCUGAUGAAGCUUCCAGUAAUCACAAGCAUACUUAUGGAGACAAGUAGAUUGCCCAUCAUGUUUCAGUUAUCCGAUGUUGACCUAGGUAAAGCAGCAGAGUUGACAGAGACUCUGAUUGCAGAUCUGCAGGAGAUGCGGUCCGAUCCCCAGCCAUUCAACAAUCUGUGGGACGAGGUCCAGGUUAUUGUGAGAGAUCACGGCUUUGAUAUUGAGGACGUAGACCCAUCGCGUAGAAAGAGGAAGCGUAAACUACCAAAGAGAUUAGAAGAGGCUACCCUCCUCGAGCCUCUCGCCGGAUCAUCAAUAUCAUCAACAGAUGAACUUGAGGACUCAGUAAAGGACAAAGGACGGAGUUUUACUGCCAGGUUCUUAACAGAAUGCUGGCAGAGUUGA